AUGUUGGCUAUAGUUUGUCUGAUUUUUCUAAUACAUUUUUCUAAUACAUUUACUCAUGAAUUAGGACAUAAUCUUGGCAUGCAACAUGAUUCAAAAUACUGUACUUGUGAACGAAGUAAGUGCAUUAUGGCUGCAGCUCAGGCAAACACAGAUAAGUUUAGCAACUGCAGUUAUCAGAAUUAUUUUGAGCUAAGGAACACUCCAUGUUUGUUAAUUCCGCCAGAGCCUGAUAAAAUGUAUAAACUCAAACAGUGUGGUAACAAAGUAGUGGAAGAUGGAGAGCAAUGUGACUGUGGUUCACCAGAUCAAUGCAAGUUGGAUCCAUGUUGCCAGUCUAAUUGCAUGCUGCACCCAGGUGCCAGUUGUGCUUUUGGACGGUGUUGUGCUAAGUGUCAGUAUCUUCCAGCUCAUUAUGUCUGCAGACAAGAGGUUAGCAGUUGUGAUCUCCCCGAGUACUGCAACGGGACUUCAGAAUGGUGUCCUGAAGAUGUUUAUGUACAAGAUGGUGCCCCGUGUAGUGAUGGUGCAUACUGUUAUCAUGGGAAUUGCACAACUCACGAUAGGCAGUGCAAAAUGAUCUUUGGCAACAAAGCAACCAGUGCAUCAAAGGAUUGCUUCAAUAAACUGAAUGGUCAAGGGGAUCGCUUUGGCAACUGCGGCCUUAGACAUGGAACUUAUAAGAAAUGUAACACUACAAAUCUCCUGUGUGGUCGAAUCCAAUGUGAUAAUAUUGAUGAAUUACCUUCUUUAGAACAGCACAACACUAUAAUUCAAACACAGUCUGGAGAUAGACAAUGCUGGGGUACUGACUACCACAGUGGGAUGGAAAUACUUGAUAUUGGAGCAGUGAGGGAUGGGACUCCUUGUGGCCAUGACAUGAUGUGCAUUAAUAGGCAGUGCAAGAGUGUAUCUCUCUUGAACUAUGAUUGUAAUUUCCAAAAGUGCCACUAUAGGGGUAUAUGCAACACUUACAAACAUUGUCAUUGUGAUUAUGGUUGGGCUCCUCCUUACUGUCACAAAAAAGGCUAUGGUGGCAGCCAGGGUGGAUUUGAUUUAAAUCAAACUGAUUUAAAUCACGAUUUAAAUCACUAGUCAGCAAGGCUUGAUUUAAAUCAUAGUUUUCUACAUAAAGACUAAUUUUUGCUGGUAUAACUUUAAUAUGCAAGUAGAUGAAGAUUUUUAGAAUAACAACUGUUCAUAUUAGUUUUUUAUCCCCAGUUUAAUAGGUUAAUCAUUCAUAUUUGGACAACUUUACUGUUGUACUUAGGAAGGAGAAAAAUAAUCAUUACCUUAAUAAUAACAAUUUAUAUAGAUUUAUUCAACUGAAACAAUAACAUUACAGCAUAUGUUAUUUGCUUAAACAAACAUCCAUGCUUGUUAACUAAUUUGGCUAAACAAAAACAAAAUAUAUAUAUUUUAAGAAAUUUAGACAGUCAGCCCAGCCUACACAUGAAAAACCUAAAUACUAUCCACUCCAAACAAUCAGAAAAAUAUUGUUUCUACUCUAUUCACUGAACUUCUUGAAAUUUAGCACUGAAGGGGUUGUUUCUGUAUUCAUAGGUUUGUUGAACAAUAGGAUUAAGGUCUUUUUCUCAACUCUGUUCAUGUUAUAACAUUUUUGCUGUGAAGAAGAGGCAUGUGAUCUCUGUUGAGUCAAAUUCAGUUUUGAGAACUGCAAAAGUAAACCAAGCAUCUGUGAUAAUAUCUUGUAGGCAGAGAAACUGCCCAAUAAUCUUACAAAAACCUCUGGAAGAGCAUGGCAUUGUGAAUGGAUUAAUGGAAUUUAUUUACCCAAAAAAUUAAACAUAUACAACCUUAUUCUACAUAAUUAAAAAACUAAUCUUUAUUUCAUGAUGGAAUAACCUUUGGAUGGCAAUAUAUUUUCCUCGAAAAGCAUUUUAUUUUAAAAAAUCCAAUUUAAAUCAAACAAAUCGAUUUAAAUCAAAAAAAUCCGAUUUAAAUCAAAAAAAUCCUAUUUUUUUGAUUUUUUUAAAAAAAUCAUUGAUUUUUAUCCACCCUGGCGGCAGCAUUGAUAGUGGACCCCCUCCACCACAGAAUAUUUUUAGCCCUAAUUCCAGCAUAGCAGCAAUUACAGGAGUAAUUAUAUUUGUUUUUUGUGUUCUUCUUGUUCUGGGUAUUUAUUUCAGGAAGCACUUGAGAGAAAUGUUUGUCAGAUUGAGAGAAAGAAAGCAUGGGCAAGAUAUUAAAAAAGAAGAAAGUCCAGACUAAAUCACAGAAUUGAACAAUGCAUUGAAUGUGCCAAACCGAUGUGCAUGAAAUAAUGGACCAUAUAAUGCAGAAUGCGGCACCGUAGUUAAUACACUUAUUGGCAAUUAGAACUGCUGGGGAACAGACUACCACAGUGGAAGGGUAUACCUGAUAUUGGAGCAGUGAGAGGUGGGACUCCUUGUGGCAAGAACAUGAUGUGUAUUAAUGGCGAGUGCAAGAGGGUGGUCACUCUUGAAAUAUGAUUGUAAUGUCACAAAGUGCCAUUAUAGGGGAAUAUGCAACAGCUACCAACAUUGUCAUUGUGUUUCUGGCUGGGCCCCUCCUGACUGACCAAACCUGAUACUGGAGCAGUGAGAGAUGGGACUUCUUGUGGCAAGAGCAUGAUGUAUAUUAAGGGGAAUGCUAGAAUGUGCCCUUCUAGAAGUAUGAAUUACAAAGUGCUGUCUUUGUAUGCAUAUGAAAUAUAUGAAAUGUAUGAAAUAUGCAACACACACACAAAUUGUGAUUGGGAUUAUG